AUGUCUCUCGGCCUUCCCUCGCCCGAAUACCGCGCCAAAAUCAUCGAUAAGUUCUCGGAGCUCAUCGAGGCCAUCGAGGCCCACCCGGCCUGGAACCCGCCGAACCCCCACAAGGGUCUUUUUCACGUCUGGGACUACGUCAACCGCUCCCGGUACAUCAUGACCGAGCUCGACCACAUCCGUGACGGCGAGCCUGUGCAAUAUCCGGAGCAGAUCCCUCAGCAAGAUAUUGGCGUGCCAGGUCGAAGUGGUCCCGACGCCGCCACCGAGGCCUUUAUCGACGUCUGCGGCCGAUCGGCGACGAUCAACAAGAUGAUUGCCAACCCGAAGCUGCUCACCAUGAUUGGUCUCCCGCAGGUGGAUUACGGCAAGGAUAUCGUUUCCAGGUCGCAGGCGGUUGUCGACGUGUUGAAAAAGGCUUUCUGA